AUGCGCGGCGCCCAGUACGCGCCGCGCGGUCCGUUCCGUGUCCUCGAGCGUCGUCACGGCCUCGCGCAGAUCGUUGAGCGUGGCGUCGCCGUCCUGUCGUGUUUGGCGGAGCAGGCAAAGAUUUUGUACGCGGAGGCCGAGGAGAAUAAUUUGGGCAUGAAUGAGAUCAAUGCGAGGUUUCAGCGGUGGCACGUAUGCUUCUUGUGCGAGCAUGAAUACCACGGUGUCGUGAAGUGCGCGCUCGGGUGGGCGUGCUGGAAAACGUACGUGGGCCGGCCGGAGUGGGACUGGUCUCAGACUCGUUUUGCCGCGAUAACGGAGCUUGCGAAUGGGCUAGGUGCAGUGAAUAAGCACGAGGAGCGAAUCGCUAUCAUUGAGACGCAGUUAUCUACACUGCUCCGCGUCUUUCCUGAUGAUGAAGGCAGCGCGCUAGACUUGAAGCACAACUUGGCUCGUUGCUAUCUACUGUCUGGGCGUUUGGAGGAAGCGGCGAGACUCUUCCGCCUCGUUUACGCCAGAAACAAAGUCCUGAUGGGCGCAACUUAUCCAACAACAUUAAUUGCCGCUCACCAGCUUGCGUACACUUUGAAUGAGUUAGGGCGUUACGACCAGGUUAAAUCAUUCGUCCCGCCGCUCCUACUUUAUGGGCGGAAGUUCCGACUGGAAUACGCGAAGGCCCUCUACAGGCCCGCCGGAGCGUCCCGCGCUGAGGUUUUAGAGGCAGUGGCGAUUUUCGAGGACGUAUUAUGCACGCUGCGACGCGUCAUGGGUCCAUCCCAUCCGGACACGCUAGAGGCACUCGGUGAGCUCGAUCGCGCGUACAUGACGCUAGAGGACUACCGUAAGUUCAAGUCAUAGUUAUGUGUCACAGAUACAA